UCCUCCGGGCUGCCUCAGCACCAGCUGCUCCGCACCUCUCCAGGGCUCAGACUACUUCCAGUGAAGUCCAACACCAGGGUCAGAAGAGAAGCCACCAUGUCCAUCUCGAAACGCUUUGGAUUAUCCUCCAUGUCCUUCUCCUCCGCCCCGUCCAUGACGAGCUCCAAGCGCGGGUCGAGCGUCCAUGGCGGCGCGGGCGGUAGAAACGUCCGGGUGUCUUACGCCUCCGACGGCAUCGGCUCCGGGUUCGACCUGAUGUCUGCGUUCGGAGGAGGAGGAGGAGGAGGUGGCGGAAGAAACAGCAUCUCGGGCAGCGAGAAGGGGACCAUGCAGAACCUGAACGACCGGCUGGCCACCUACCUGGAGAAGGUGCGCGUCCUGGAGACCACCAACGCGCAGCUGGAGCUUCAGAUCCGCGAGUGGUACACGAAGCAGGCCCCCGCUGUCAAGGACUACAGCAGGUACAUGCCCAUCCUGGACGACCUGCGCAACAAGAUUAAUGUUGCCACACAGGACAAUGCCAGGCUGAUGCUGCAGAUUGACAAUGCCAGACUGGCAGCAGAGGACUUCAGGAUCAAGUUUGAGAAUGAGAUGGCGAUGCGCAUGUCUGUGGAGCAGGACAUCGCCGGACUGCGCAAGGUUCUGGAUGACCUGACCAUGGCCCGGUCGGACCUGGAGAUGCAGAUCGAGGGCUUGAAGGAGGAGCUGGUCUACCUGAAGAAGAACCAUGCAGAGGAGCUUGCAGCCAUGCAAAAUCAAAUGAAUACCAGCUCUGUGAACGUGGAGGUGGAUGCUAAGCCCCAGGAGAACCUGAACGGUAUCCUGGACGAGAUCAGGUCUCAGUAUGAGGGCAUCACUGAGAAGAACCGCCGCGAAAUGGAAGCCUGGUACAAGGUCAAGUUUGAUGAGCUGAACAAGCAGGUGUCAACCAGCACAGAGAUCCUCCAGAGCUCCCGCAGCGAGAUCAACGAGCUCAAGCGGACCCUGCAGUCUCUGCAGAUUGAGCUGCAGUCCCAGCUCAGCCUGAAAUCUGCCUUGGAGGGCACACUGUCUGAGACCGAGUCCCGUUACAGCAUGCAGCUGAGCCAGCUCCAGGAUAGGGUCUACCACCUGGAGAGUGAGCUCAGCAAGAUGAGGGCGGACAUCGAGAGGCAGUCCGCCGAUUACCAGCAGCUUCUUGACAUCAAGACCAGGCUGGAGUUGGAGAUCGCAGAGUACCGAAGGCUGCUGGAUGGAGAGGAUACAAGCAAUUCUGCUUCCACUACUGUACAAAGGACUGUGGUCCAAGAGAUCAAAACAUCCAAACCAGUCAUUACCCAGAGGACUAAAGUGGUGAUUGAGGAGAUAGUUGAUGGAAAAGUGGUGUCCCGCACAGAAGAUCUGCAGACAGAGGUCAUCAAAAAGUAGACAGACUGCAUCCCAACAAAUCUGAAUCAAAUAAUAAAAUCUAAAAUAAAUCCACACAGGCCUUCCUGUACUACUAAAACAAACCAGUAAAUGAGUCAUUACUUUACCCAGUUCAGUUCAGUAAUCUUUCAUAUUCGUUUACUUCUGCAGUGUGAUUUUUUUACAGAAAAUAUCUAUUUUGAUUGCCUGAAAAAGUAAUAAAAAUGAUAAAUAAAAUGGUUUCAAAUGUGUAAGUGUUGACAGAAACAAAUCCGGAUUCAUACAUAGGGUGCAGCUGUGAGCCUCAGACAGGAAAUGCACUUGAGAGUAUUGAGACCUUUCAUUCUCUGACCACUGAGGCAUAGAUACAUUUGUUUGGGUGGGGUGGACAGGUCAUUGUCAUAGAAAAUAUUGGUCCAUUUUGUGGUAGUGAUGUGUUUCUUGUGAAAUAAGAUGUUAAAGAUGUUAAAUGUAGCAUUUUUACAUUUUAAAUAUUGUCAAGUAGAAGUUAGACUGGUACAUUUACCAUUAACAAAGUAAACAAUUGUAAAGAUGAACCUGUAAUGUAAGUACUUCAGAUCUCAGUUUGUAUUAACCCUCCUGUGUCUGGCUGUGAAAGGGCUGCUGGCAACUUUGGUUUUUCAACUUACUGAAGAGAAUAAAAUCUGACCUUCCA